AUGCUCAUGAGUUUACCGGUAUGGAAAGCAGCGUCCAAGGCGAGAUUCCGUUUGAUCAAUUCCAUAUCAUCAUCCUGCGGCAGACCUGUGGCCACACGCCCUACUAUCCAUCAUACCCCAAGCUUCUUUGUCGUCAUGAAACGGACCGUUACCACCGCGAACCUCUCGAAUGGGGGAAAACUCACGAAGAAGCCUAAACCUUCCGUCCCCGAAUAUCACCUGACGCCGUCGGUGAGAGAUGAAGGUGGUGCCAUAGUGUGGCCUGCGCCGGAUGAAAAGAUGGAGGCAGCAAGAGCCUUUAUCCGCGAAUGCGUCUCUGCCAGCAAACCCACUCUCCUCGUGCCAGACAAGGACGCCGAUGGCCUCACCUCCGGCGCGAUCCUCGAACGCACCCUCGUCCUCCUCGGCCUCGACCCAUCGCUGGUUACUGUCUACCUCCCACCAAAAGGCAAAAACAUCCACGACGAAUCUUGCCGCGCGGAAAUGGCCGCCCAUGGCCCGGCUUACAUCUUCGUCUUGGACCAGGGGUCCCGCGCUUCUCCGCCUCUCAUCGACGGGCCCCAUCGGGGCAUCGUCAUCGACCAUCAUCACGCCCUCGAGAAUGACCAUCCCAAGGACGCGUUGCAUGUCACAGCAUGCGAUUCGCCCCCUGUGGCGACGAGCUCGCUGCUAACCUACCUCAUCUGCCGAGAACUCCACGACGGAGUCAGAGAUGCGUGCGACUGGCUCUGCGUCAUGGGAACCCACGGUGACCUGGGCAACACCCUGAAAUGGGAACCCCCCUUCCCUGACAUGAAGACCACAUUCAAAACGUACACCAAAAAGGCCAUAAACGACGCCGUGUCGUUGAUCAACGCCCCGCGGAGGACAGCGUCUUACAACGUCCCCGCCGCAUGGGAAGCUCUCCGCGCCUCGAAAUCUCCAAGGGAUCUCCUCGCCAACCACUCUCUCCUUGCAGCAAGGGCAGAAGUCAACGCCGAGGUGGAGCGCUGCACCCACACGCCCCCCAAGUUCUCCGCCGACGGCCGUGUCGCCGUCUUCCGCAUCAACUCCGAGGCCCAGGUCCACCCCGUCAUCGCCACACGCUGGGCCGGCCACCUCUCCUCUUCCAAGCUCGAGGUUGUCCUGGUCGCGAAUGAGGGAUACCUGCCCGACCUGGUCAACUUCUCAUGCCGCGUGCCCCGGUGCGCCAGAGCGAGAGACCCGCCGGUGAACAUCAUCGAGGUGCUGCGGGACGUCGCCAGUCGCGCGGAGGACUCGACGCUGCGAGAGCGGCUGGGAAGCUCGUUCGCGAGGGGUCACAAGGAGGCGAGUGGGGGCAUCGUGCCCAAAGCCGAGUUUGAGGAGCUCAUGGCCGUGCUGGAGGUCGGUAAGAAGGUCGAGAGGGAGUCACCAAAAAAGGCUCAGAAGCCCGCCCAGGCAAACACGUUGAUGAACUAUUUUGGUACAAAAUAG